GAUCUCCCUGGCAUUAAAUAUGGCCAGACGGAAACAAAGUUAUAUUCGUGCAUAGAUAAGCUGUAUAUAAAAUGCUUAUGUUGCAAAAUACUAUUCAAUAGGCAAAAGUGGCGAAAGGAAGACUGAAGUGAACUGAGUGAAAAAUCAUGGCGAUACGUAAAAUUCUAGUUUUGCUCUCAUGCAUAUUAGCGUGUGCAAAACUUUCCUAUCAAAUACCGCCAGAACCUUCUUCGACGAACAAAAUUACCUGUACUGAAGACACCGAAAGGGAAUAUUUGGGAAGAAGAUAUUAUUGUAGAAAUUCAUAUUGUGGUUAUUAUCAAUCUGUUAUUUCAAAAACUAUUAGCUGCAACAACAUAUCAAGUAACGAUUUAAAGUCGUAUGAAGAACAGGAAGAAGACUUUCCUUUCUCUUAUCCCCUGACGUUGUACGUGGUCAAUUCAGAAGUCCCAGAGCUGGCCACGUCGACAUUCAAAAAUUUAAAGAACUUAACUACACUUUAUAUGGAGAACGUUAAGUUGAAAACUAUUAUGCCUGCAGCCUUUAAUUACCUGGAGAGACUUAAGGAAAUUUAUCUAGGGCAAAAUGAGUUAACAACUAUAUCAGAUGGAAUAUUCAACACAUUAGCGACGUUGGACAAACUGGAUUUAUCAAGGAAUCGAAUAGAAACUGUCACUAAUCACGCUUUUUCCGGAGUUAGCUUAAGAACGUUGUACUUGAAGCAUAACAAUAUUUCGAACCUAGGGGAAGUAUUACUCAGUUCUCUAAAAUCGUUGUCUGUUUUAGAUGUGUCUUACAAUAAUUUAAGCAAUAUUACUAGUUUCCAUGGUUUAAAGGUACAAAGCUUGAAUUUAAGUCAUAAUCAAAUCGAAAUUGUGGAUUUUGAGAUGAUACAAGAAACGCCAAUCAUUGAUUUCUCGUUUAAUAAUAUAUCCAAAACAACAGGUUUCAAUGCAUCUAAAGCUAAUACUGUAAUAUUGAGUCAUAACAGAAUAAACAAUUUCGAGAAAAACGACAAUGUUAACGUUUUGGACAUAAGUUACAAUAGUAUACAGACCUUAGGUAGCGACUUGCUAAGUAAAAGUUUGACGGAAAUUUACCUAAGUUUUAACUUAAUAUCAUCUUUCAACGUUGACACAUUUUUUGGUCUGUAUAAUUUGAAACAUCUUUAUUUAGACAACAAUAAUCUGUCUUCCGUGCCAAAUUCAUGUUUCAAAGAUUUAAAUUCACUGACACAUUUAAACUUAUCCGGAAAUAAGCUAACGUAUUUCAAAUUCGGCACUCUUGACAAUUUAGUAAAUUUACAAGUAUUGGAUAUUUCUAAAAAUAAUUUUAAAGCAAUACCACAGUUCCAUUCACUGAGUGAAUUGACACAUUUGUUUAUACAAAACAACGAAAUAAGCGAUGUUAACACGUUUGUUAUAUACGAACAAUUGCCUCAUUUAAGGGAAAUAAAUUUAAUAAACAAUACAUGGUCUUGUCAGAAAUUAGUUAACAUUGUGUACAAACUGAAACGUAAGAAUAUCUUUAUUUCCAAAGGAAAUUUCCUAGAUGAAAGUAAUAUCUACGGUAUCAAAUGUCACGAAACUUCCGAAAACUCAAGUGUUAAUAUUUCAAAGUCGGAAAUUAAUUUAGACUAUUCUAAACUUAACAGUUUCUUCAACGAAGAUUUUACGAAAACUCUUUUGUAUAAAUAUUUCAACCAAGAUUUCAAAGAGACUGAGUUUUUCAAAUAUUUGGAAAGUUUAAAAAAAUCCAUUAAUUCUAACUACACGCAAAACGUUGAUUAUAGUGCUCUUAAUAAAAAGCUUUUACACGAAGUAACAUCAAAUUCCAACGACAUGAAAGUGGAUAUUAAAAAUAGUGAAAUGUACAAUUACCUCAAUACUGACUUCAAAAACACUAGCUUCUUUAAAUAUUUCGAAAAUUUUAGAUUAAAUACUAAUAAAACAGAAAAGUUAGAUGAAGGAAAAUUGGAAGAGAUAGCCAGUUCAUUUAAAAGUAUCGCAAGAGAGUUGGAAAAAAUUUCAAACACAAAUAAAUCCACUGAGUACUUCGGAAAAACUGACAUGUUCAAUUAUUUAAACAAAGACUUCAAAACAAGCAAUUUCUACAGAUACUUAGAAAAUUUAAAUGCAAAGAAUAUCGAAAAAACGCGUUACGACGAUAUCAGUGAUAGUACAAUAGAAAAAUUAAUUGGUCCUUAUGAAAAAAUAACUGAGUUUCCUAAUUACACAGGGUUAUUAUCUGUUAUUGUAAUAGCAUUGCUAAUAAUCAUAUGUAUCAUGGUGACUAUUGCCUAUCAUCAAUUCUUUCAUCUAAAUAAAUUCGCUUUGAAGAAGGAAGAGGUAGAGUUGAUUUAAAGCAAAUAGAAACGUAAGAUUACUCGCUUAAAAAAAAUGUCAAUGUCUUGUAUGACAGGUUGUGUUUACCACUGACAGAAAAAAAAUAUUACUUUUUACUCUGAUGAAAUUGAUUUUAUUAUUGCAUCAAUAAUAAAUUUCAUUUAACAAUAUGAUAUAUAUUCUCUAUAAUACUAGUUUAUCAGUUUUACAAGAAAUUGUAUUAAAGUUUAAUGACACUGCUGUUACAAUUUUGAUACUUUUACAAUACUCAUAAUUUGUAAGUUGUAAUUUCGAAAAAAUAAAAAUUUUAUAUUAUUUUCGUAGUAUUUAUAAACUCUUAGCUGACCCAACUCAAAGUUUCAGUAAAGAAAAGGACGCGCAAAAAAUAUUUUAUAUGUAUAUUGUAACAAGUUUUAAAUAUUUAUUGUUCAUAUAUUAAAGUGUCAGUUAUAAUAAAUCUGUAUAUCUGUAUGUCAUUUACCUUUUUUAACCAAUUUCUAGUUUCUUUUGUAAUGUUAACACAUCUUAAUUGUAGUUUAUUUUUUAAUUCUUAGCCUGUUUUUUAAUAAAGAA